GCCAGGCCCGCGGGAUGGUGCAGCCGGCGGGGAGUCGGAGGCGCAGAGACAGGCAGGAGCCGGGCAGCCGCGCGUCCCGCUCCGUCCCUCAUGGCGGGGCUGCCGCUGGACUGCGAGAGCCGCCGGAGGGUGAGCCCGGGCGCGGAGCCGCCCCCCGCCUGCCUGGCGUUCGCCAUUGACAGCAUCUUGAAGCGCAAGUCUCGCGGCGGCGCGGACUCGGCCAGGAGCCCCAGGCUGCGGCGGGAGCCGGGCAGAGCCCGCUGCUCCCGGCUGGACCCGGAGGAGCAGGAGGAGGGGCCUUUGGAACAGCAGCCCCGUAAACGCUACAGAAACCCGGGAAAGGAGACCUGCCGGAUGGCAGCGGACCGGGCUGCAGGACUGGGCCUCAGGCCCGGCGGUGAAGCAGGAGGAGGAGCGGGCUCCCCCCGGCCCCGCGGCCCCGACCCCUCGCACCUGGAAGGAGGAGCCGCCGGGGCCCCCGGGAGCUGCAGCAAGAAAAGCAGCAAGCUACUGGCGGGGGCCAGCAAGAAGAAGACCCGCACCAUCUUCUCCAAGAGCCAGGUCUUCCGGCUGGAGUCCGCCUUCGACAGGAAGCGCUACCUGAGCAGCGCCGAGCGAGCCGGCCUGGCCAGCGCCCUGCAGCUCUCCGAGACCCAGGUGAAGAUCUGGUUCCAGAACCGCCGCAAUAAGCUCAAGAGACAAAUGUCUGCGGACCUGGAGGGCCCCGCUCCGGGCCAGGCAGAGCCGCCUGGGGAACUGCUACCCCAGGGGGCGGCAGCCGCGGCUUCACUCGCCUUCCCGACCCUGUACAAAGACAGCACUUUCCUCCGUCGUUGUUUACUGCCGCUGUCCUUCCCCCUGCUCUAUCCGGGCAGCGCCGUCCCGUACCUGUGUUUCCCAAAUCCGGGCAAAUAUUUCAGCCUUGUGGAUGGGGACGUAUAACCUCCCUCCCAUCCUGCUGCGCCCCCCGCACCUUUCCGCACUCCACGUGUGCAGCCGAACCGCCGUGUUCCAGUUAGCGGCUGAUGAAGUCGGCAUCUUCCGCCAGUGUUCUCUAUACGCACAGCAUGUCAAUAGGAUCCCUUCACCCCGCUCUCUGGUGUGUCUUCCUGCCUUUGUUUCAGCCCGUAACUUAUUAAAAGGACGCGACAAAAACAAAGUCCUAUGCACACCAGGGAUCCAUUUAACUUGGAACCCUGCAUGUUCCCAGUAUCCGUCUUUCUCCCACACCG